AUGGGCAGGGUCUGGCAGCUCCGCGACAAGGAGAGCUUCAUUAACUAUGUGAAGAUCGAGAUCCAGCUGCUCAAGCAGGAGUGGAAGAUUAUCCUGCCCUGCGUCAUCAUGCAGUACGUCCACGCCAUCUUCCACAACCUGGCCUACUACAUCCAGGGCAACUACCUCACGGUGGAGCAGCGCUUCACGCUGCAUGACCUCGGCUACGAGCUCAUGUCGGAGCUCACGGGCUUCGCCGCCUCCAUCUCGGACAUCCUGGUGUUCGCGGCUGUCUUCGGCCCAGCCAUCGUCCUGGUGCUGACGAUCCCGCUCUUCCGCCAGGAGCCCGGCCGCCCGCGCUACCUCGUCAUCGUGCUCAAGCGCUGCCUGCUGCAGCUGAGCAUCUGCCUGGUCUUCCGCUGCAUCUCGUUCCUCGUGACGGCGCUGCCGUCCCCCGCCGACCACUGUGAGCUCAAGUUCAACGAGACGUGCUUGGCCGCGAACCCGGACGACCCGGUGCCCUGCGUCAUCCCCAACCCGGACUUCAACCCGCCGACGAUAGGCGAGCUGUUCACGCGUCUCGACUCGCUCACCGGCUGCGGUGACCUCAUGUUCAGCUCGCACACCAUCUACACUGUGUCGCUCAUCCUGACGAUCUGGAAGUACUGGCCCAACAAGUACGGCAUCACGAUCAUGGUGUGCGUGCAGAUCAUCAUUGCGUUCCUCAUUGUGGCCUCGCGCAAGCACUACACUCUCGACGUGUUCUCGGCGCUGUACAUCGUGCCGCUCUUCUGGCUCGUGCUCGAGGCCUACCACAAGGACAUCAACAGCAAGGACUCGGAGGUCACGGUCAAGACCAUCUACGACUUCUACGGAGUUGACGUCUCCAGUGACGCCAACGACGGCGCGGUGCCGCUCCACUCGAGCGAUGCGCUGCCUGCCCAGGCGGCUCCGCUCAACUCGGUGCAGGUGGGCAUGACAGAGGACGAAAGCCUGAGUGGCGACCGAUCGGACCCUGACAACUCGAACGCGAGCUUCCAGCGCAAGAACUCUGUGUAA